CGUCAAGUCCAUGGGAAAAGAAUGCGCCCCUCGCGCCUGACUGAUUGGGCCUGAAAACCAAUCGGAGUGGGUGCAGCCGGGACUCAGGGAGCCCCAAUAGACUGCAGGGGGCGGGAGAAGAAGGCAAAUAAGCGUGGAGCCGAGGGCGGGGCCAGGGCUGCAAUUGGUUGCGAGGCGCCGGAGGGAGGGCGGGGGAAACUCAAGGCCUGCUUGAUACGUCCGCCAUUUUGGGCGCUUCGCUGAUGGUGUCGGAGAGCGCGUUUCCCGCCUGAGCGCAACUAGCGGCGGGUCGCCGGCACCUCCAGGAGAGCUUCUGCUUCAUGUUCCCGUCCCGCUUCGCUCCUGCUCACCUGCUGACACAGUAAACUGGAGGACAGCCGUUGCCAGGAUAACCUGUAAUGGGCAAGGCGCCACAGGAAGAAAACAUUUCUUUUAAUUUUUAAACUUGGUUUGAAAGACCAGCAUGUUUUGGAAGUUUGACCUCCACUCGUCAUCCCACAUAGACACCCUUCUGGAGCGAGAGGAUGUGACGCUGAAGGAGCUCAUGGACGAGGAGGACGUCUUACAGGAGUGUAAGGCUCAGAACCGCAAACUCAUAGAGUUUCUGUUGAAAGCAGAAUGUCUCGAAGAUUUAGUCUCGUUCAUUAUAGAAGAACCACCUCAAGACAUGGAUGAAAAGAUCAGAUACAAGUACCCAAAUAUAUCUUGUGAGUUGCUCACUUCCGACGUCUCCCAGGUGAAUGACAGACUGGGGGAAGAUGAGUCCCUGCUAAUGAAAUUGUAUAGCUUCCUCCUAAACGAUCCCCCCUUGAACCCACUGCUUGCCAGUUUCUUCAGCAAGGUGCUAAGCAUUCUUAUCAGCAGAAAACCAGAACAGAUUGUGGAUUUCUUAAAGAAGAAACGUGACUUCGUAGACCUCAUCAUGAAGCACAUAGGCACUUCGGCUAUCAUGGACUUGUUGCUCAGGCUCCUGACGUGCAUCGAGCCUCCGCAGCCCAGGCAAGAUGUGCUGAAUUGGUUAAAUGAGGAGAGGAUUAUCCAGAGGCUUGUGGAGAUAGUUCACCCAUCGCAAGAAGAAGAUCGGCAUUCAAAUGCAUCACAGUCACUUUGUGAAAUUGUUCGCCUGAGCAGAGACCAGAUGUUACAAAUUCAGAACAGUGCAGAACCCGACCCUCUGCUUGCCACUCUAGAAAAGCAAGAAAUCAUAGAGCAGCUUCUAUCAAAUAUUUUCCACAAGGAUAAAAACGAAUCGGCCAUAGUCAGUGCAAUCCAGAUACUGCUGACUUUACUCGAGACCCGACGGCCCACAUUUGAAGGCCAUAUAGAGAUCUGCCCACCAGGCAUGAGUCAUUCAGUGUGUUCGGUCAACAAGAGUGUUCUAGAAGCCAUCCGAGGAAGACUCGGCUCUUUCCACGAACUCCUGCUUGAGCCACCCAAGAAAAGUGUGAUGAAGACGACGUGGGGCGUGCUGGACCCCCCCGUCGGGAACACCCGGUUGAACGUGAUUCGGCUGAUAUCCAGUCUGCUUCAGACGAACACCAGCAGUAUUAACGGGGACCUCAUGGAGCUGAACAGCAUUGGGGUCAUACUGGACAUGUUCUUCAAGUACACAUGGAAUAACUUCUUACACACGCAAGUGGAAAUCUGCAUUGCACUGAUUCUCUCGAGUCCCUUUGAGAACACGGAAAACAGCACAAUUACUGAGCAGGACGCCACUGGCGACAACUUGUUGUUGAAACAUCUUUUUCAAAAAUGUCAGCUAAUAGAACGAAUACUUGAUGCCUGGGAAAUGAAUGAGAAGAAACAGGCCGAGGGAGGCAGGCGGCACGGCUACAUGGGGCACCUGACGCGGAUCGCCAACUGCAUCGUGCACAGCGCCGACAAGGGCCCCAGCAGCGCGCUGGUGCAGCAGCUCCUCAAAGAUCUUCCAGACGACGUCAGGGAGCGAUGGGAGACCUUCUGCACAAGCUCCUUAGGAGAAACGAACAAGAGGAACACGGUAGAUCUAGUUACAACCUGCCAUAUUCAUUCAUCCAGUGAUGAUGAAAUUGACUUUAAAGAAACGGGUUUCUCACAGGAUUCUUCUUUGCAGCAAGCCUUUUCUGAUUAUCAGAUGCAACAAAUGACGUCCAAUUUUAUUGACCAGUUUGGCUUCAACGAUGAGAAGUUUGCAGAUCAAGAUGACAUUGGCAAUGUUUCCUUUGAUCGGGUAUCAGACAUCAACUUUACUCUCAAUACAAAUGAAAGUGGAAACAUCGCCCUGUUCGAGGCCUGCUGCAAGGAGCGGAUCCAGCAGUUCGACGACGGCGGCUCUGACGAGGAGGACAUCUGGGAGGAGAAGCACAUCGCCUUUACGCCGGAGUCCCAAAGACGGUCCAGCUCAGGGAGCACCGACAGCGAGGAGAGCACAGACUCGGAAGAUGAGGACGGGGCCAAGCAAGACCUGUUCGACUCCAGUGGCGCCCACACGGAGGACAAGAUGGAGGUGGACCUCAGUGAGCCGCCCAGCUGGUCGGCCAACUUCGACGUCCCCAUGGAGACCGCCCACGGCACUCCCUUGGACUCCGUGGGGUCUGACGUCUGGAGCGCAGAGGAGCCGAUGCCGACCAAAGAGACCGGGUGGGCCUCCUUCUCGGAGUUCCCGUCCUCCCCGAGUACGAAGGAGUCUUUAAGGAGUAACUCUCCUGUGGAGAUGGAGACCAGCACUGAGCCGAUGGACCCUCUGACUCCCGGCGUCACCGUGCUGGCCGUGCCGCCCGAAGUGCCCGGCAGCGUGGCCAUGGAGGCCAGCUCCGACGGAGAGGAGGACGCGGAAGGCACAGACAAGGUAACUGAGACAGUGAUGAAUGGCGGCGUGAAGGAAACCCUCAGCCUCACUGUAGAUGCCAAGACAGAGACUGCCGUCUUCAAAAGAGUGUUGAAAUCCUAUCGCGAGGAAGGAAAACUGUCUACCUCUCAAGAUGCUGCUUGUAAAGACGCGGAGGAGAGCCCCGAGCCGGCCGAGGCAAAGUCUGCGGCCCCCCGGCCCGCCGGCAGUGGUGCUGAGCAGAGGACCGACCAGCCCAGCGUGCCAGGCGACGCGUCGGUGAACGGCCCCGUAUGAUGAGCGGCCUCUGCUGCUGACCGAGGACCGCGGGCCGCCACCAUUCAGGGCUCUGGGUGCCGGCGGGGCCGCCCCGUCGCCGCCCCCGCCGCCCCCUCUGCACGGGAUCAGGACCAGCAACCUUUCUACUCUAGACGCUAAGACAUUGUACAGAGAGAUUCAGACGUGUACCGAUAUUGCACAUUGACAAAUACCAAGAAUUUUUGCGUAUGUUUAUAUUGUAUUGUUCUAAAUAAUGGGUGGCCUGUGAAAUACGACCCUGCCGCCCAUGUAAUAAUAGCAGUAAUACUGUAGUGGAAAUGGCUGUAAGAAUAGUUUUAUAAAAGUGAAUACACAGAGCUAUUGUAUUUGAAACAUAACUAUUUGACAAUUAUUAGUGUGACCAAAGUAUUAGGCAGUUUUCAUACAUUUUUUCACCUUGUACAAAAUUCUGAAUUCAUUUUUCUUCCAGGUUGGCAAGGAGUAGCCGGAUUGAGAUGCCCUCUGUGUUCUUUUGGUUGUUCUAACUUACAAAAGUGGUUUUGAAUAAGAAAUAUUUGGUGUUCUUUUUAUAACCAGUUUUUGAUUGGUAACUGUUUUCUGUAUUGUUAAAAGCGGAUCAAAAAUGUAAGUCUGUUGGUAGAGAUUAAGUAUUUAUUGCUGCAGCUUAGUUGGUAAACUGGUGUUAUCGUAGAGCCACACGCUCUGUUCCGGCCUGGUUUGCUGAGACGCCCGUUGGUGCAGGCGAAACACUAGAGCACCAGGCGUGUCUACGGCUAGCGGUUUGGGUUUCGUUUCUCGUUUUUGUUUUGUUUUCUGUUUUGUUUCGGUAGUUCAUCUGCCUUUUAACCCAUUCACCAAAACUUACUUUGUUGACAGGCAUCACCAGUGAGAACUGCAGAGCAGCCCGCACACGUAACCGCCCCGCCCCGCCCCGCGCCCCUCGGCCGGCUGCGCGUGGAGGCCGGCCGUCGGGCUCCGGCACCGGGCGGGCAGGCUGCUCUCCUGCACCCUGUGGGGUUUUCACUUGUAAAUUCUCAGCCAGUCCGCUUUUUCAGAACUGGUGUGUGUAUAUAUAUAGUGAUUAUGGAUACUAAUUCAAUGUAAUUUAUAAUUUUCUAUGUCAGUAUAAAAAUCCAUCACAGCCUUCUCAAACAGCUAAAGCAAUAUGUUGUAUAUUGCGUGCCGUCUGGUGAAAGGGUUAAAUGACUUCACCUCUUGCAAUUUUAGAUGCAAAUCAGUUUUUCAUUUCUGUAAUAGAAAAUUAUUCACCUAUUUUUACAUCAUUUGUUUUUCCUGACCAGUAUUUAAAACCAAACGGAUAUUCUGAAAAAUGGCCAACGAUUUUUUAGAAAAUAGCAUCCCAAGCAGCGUGCCUAAACCUUACAUCGCAUACGGAAAUAAAAGAAUCAAAUGUC